AUGGCUAAGUGUUGGGAAAAAUGUGUUCUUGCUGGGCUUCUCGUUGUGUUUUUGAGCUUUGUCACUGUGAACUGUGGCGAUGAUGGGUCGAUUUUGCUUGAGAUGAAGAAAUCAUUUAGAGAUAUGGAUAAUGUGCUGUAUGAUUGGACUGACUCCCCAGCUUUAGAUUAUUGUGUUUGGAGAGGGAUUAUGUGUGAUAACGUCACCUUCAAUGUUGUUUCCCUUAAUCUUUCAGGGUUGAACCUUGUUGGGGCACCUGCAAUUGGACAGCUUAAAGCCCUGCUCUUAAUGGACUAUAUGGUGAUAUCCCCUUCUCCAUUUCAAAGUGAGCUAUGGACCAGUUGUCUUAUACUUGAGGAUAUUUUGAAUAUACUGAGAUUUGUGUUCAAGAACCUAAGAUUUGCAUGUUGUUACAGUAAUGUAUCGUACAACAACCUCGUCGGAUAUAUUCCUACGGGAAGCAACUUCCCUAGGUUUUCCCCUGACAGUUUCUUGGGCAAUCCAGGUCUUUAUGGCUAUUGGAUGAGCUUUUCUUGUCAUCAAGAUCGUUCAGCCGUUGCUACACUUGGAAUAGCUCUUGGUGGAUUUGGUUAUUCUUCUUAUGAUCUUAAUCUCUGCUUGUUGGCCGCACAAUCCAAAAUCGUUUUCCGAUGGACCACUCGACAAGCCAGGAAUAAGAAAAAACUCGAUUGGCCCACUCGGCUCCGUAUAGCACUGGGUUCGGCACAGGGGCUGGCCUACCUGCACCAUGAGGGCAGCCCACGGAUCAUCCACCGAGACGUUAAAUCCUCCAACAUUUUGCUCGACAGGGAUUUCGGCAUUGCCAAGAGCUUGUGCCCACCUAAAACCCACACCUCGACUUACGUAACGGGAACCAUCGAUCCCGAAUACGCUCGUCUAACCGAGAAAUCCGAUGUCUACAGCUAUGGCAUCGUGCUUUUCGAGUUGCUCAACCGGUUGAUCACGAAUCCAAUCUCCAUCAUCUGUUAUGGACACGGUGGACCGCUGGCGCUGCUGUGCACGAAAGGACAGCCAGCCGAGCGACCGAGCAUGCAUGAGGUCGCCCCACUCGUCCAAGUCCAGUGUUACGUGGAUGAAUAUGCGAAUCACAAGGAGACUCACUUGCUCAACUCUUCAUCAGUAAGCACCUCAGAUGCUCAGCUAUUUCUCAAGUUUGGACAAGUCAUUUCACAGGACACAGUUUUGAGGUGA